UUAAGUUUCAGUUUGCUAGCAGUAGCAUUGGGUUUUUGUUUGUAAACACACUUUGUCUAAAGUCGUCGCGAUGGCUGAUGGAAGUUCUUACAACGUAAAUUUGUACAUUUAUGACCUGUCAAAAGGACUGGCCCGUCAGCUGAGUCCCAUGAUGUUAGGAAAGCAAGUUGAAGGAAUAUGGCACACAUCAAUAGUGGCUUAUGGGGAAGAGUUUUUCUAUGGAGGAGGGGGCAUCACAAGCUGCUAUCCGGGUGGUACUAUUCUAGGCGUGCCCGAUUCCACAGUGAACCUUGGAGACACCGAAGUUCCCCGGGACCUCUUCCUGGAAUAUCUGUCUUCUCUCAGGGAGUCUACUUACAGCCCUGAAAAAUACCACCUAUUUGAACACAACUGCAACACCUUCAGUUCUGAGGUUGCACAGUUUUUAACAGGAUCAAAGAUUCCCUCAUACAUCACUGACCUCCCAUCUGAGGUGCUCGCUACACCUUUUGGACAAGCGCUCCGUCCUUUUCUAGAUUCCGUCACUAUCACUCCAUUGGGGAACAAUGGCAUGAAUGGAUAUGGCCAGAGGUAAAUCUGGCUGCAUCUAAGAAUGUAUUAUUACAACAGUCAUAAAGAGUCACAUAGUGCCUUUUCAGAUAAGAGAAUCGUGUAGACAAAAAAAGCUCUUAUAUAACAGCAGGUCUUCCAGUUUUUCUGCUCAGUGCCUUUUCAUAAAGUGACUACUUUUCAAUCUAUUUAACUUUUUAACAUUUCCUUCAGUGAUCUGUGAUGCAUACAGAUGCACCUAUUAGUCUGUAUAGUUGACUUUUCAGUACAGCAUUUACAGCUCCGCUGGCAACAAAACCAAACCUAAAAAUAUAUAUAUUUUUUAUAUAAAACUACAAGUAAUAUAUAAAUAGAUUUAAUGUGCCAAAGCAAAUUCUAGCAGGAUUCCCCUCAUCGGUCUGCAGGUGUCUCUGUCCUACCUCAACACGAUCUGCAACUUCAGAUGCUUUGAGAGCAAUAAAGGAUGAGAAUAAGGUCACUGAUUCUUAAAAAAUAUGCUAUUUUGAUUGAUGUUGAAUGUAUAGAAAAUUAGACAAUUCAUUCUCCUUUACUGUUAAUAGAGGUCAUAAUGUGCAGUACUCAUUUCCAGUCAGUCCCUCCA